GCUCUUUCGGCUCUGGCCAUCCUCAGUUUGUGGUGAAGUUGUGCAGAAGUCGUCUGGAGAAAGUUGUGCCACCCCGAGUGUGCCAUCGAUUAGUGUUGUAGCAGGGAAAAGAUUAGUGAAAAAAAUACAAGUCGCUCCCUUCUCUCUAAGGGUGGAUUGCAGAGGUGGCUACUUUUUGUGUGGUUGAAUUGUGUGAUUUUUCCUAGUGCUUAAAAGAUCUACAAACGCACGGUGUGUGUAAUUGUAUUGUAGAAUCCUUUUAAGAGGAGAUUAACUCCCGCGCGUGCUAAAGUGCAAGUGCAGAGAUCUCGAUCUCUGUCUGUGUGAAGUGUCUGUGUGUGUGUGUUUUUUCCAUUGUGAACAACUAGUGCGUGUAUAAAAAGGUGCGUCACAGGUGGUGACGCAACGCAUGUGCAGCCUCGGAGCCGCCAGUCGAAUGCGGCCCGUGGCCACGGCCACAAUGGCGGCCGCCAGGGGCGAUGGAGGAGGCGCCAUUAGAAACCGUAACAGCCGGGCAGCCGCAAAGCGUGUCAGUGUGUACGUGUUAGCCAUAUAUGUAGCGUUAGUGUGUAGUGUUAAUGUGGCCGCCGUAGCGGGCAAGCACCACCAUCACCAUCAGGGCGGGCAGCAGGAGUUUAAGUUCGAUCCAACAAACAGCUUUAUCAGCUUAGUGCUGCCACACGACACAUAUCCCGGGUACAGCAUCCAGAAGUUUACCGCCAACUUUACCGGCCCGAACGCACCGUUCUCGUCGAUCUCGUCCUACUCGUCCAAGCCGCUCAACUACCGGCUGCUCGAGACGGACUACUCGAAGUACUUUACCGUGCUGGAGGACGGGCUGGUGAUGACGACGGCCGACCUGUCGCCGCUGGUCAACCGGCCGGUGAAGCUGGUCGUGCUGGAGGAGACGCCCAACUCGACCGCAACCCAUCAGCUGCAGCUGUACGUGAUGAACCGGAAGGACAUGCUGCACUUCCCGACCAUGCUGACCGAUGUGGUGGGUCAGCUGAGCGAGAACAAGGACGGCGGGACGCGGGUGCGCGACAUACCGCUGCUGCAGGCUAAUUCGGCCCGCGGCGCCAAGACGGUCAUCUACAGCAUCGUUGGCGGAAACGAGGGCGAUGCGUUCGCGCUGGAAGAUAGCAGCACGGGCACGAUCGGCACAACGAUACGCAUCGACGAUCCGCGCAAGCACGGUGUGUGGCUGGUGUCGGCCAAACCGCUCGACCGAGAGCACCGGGAACAGUACACGCUUGCGAUCGAGGCGACGGAUACGAAGCGCAUCAACAAGGCGGAAGUGCACCUUCCGGUACACAUUACCGACGUCAAUGACAACCGGCCGGUGUUUGGCAAGCCGGACUAUCGCUUCACGGUGACGGGCAUGAAGGCGACCACGCCGGCCGGCAACGAAACCGUCACCUGGGAACGGUUCACCAGUGUCGGGCGGGUCGAGGCGAAGGACGCCGACGGGGACAAGGUAGCGUACCGGCUGACCAGCCCCAGCAACACGGUCGUGAUUGUGCCGCAAACGGGCGAGCUGCUGCUCGCCGGCGAACCCGACGCACCGGAGCUGUUUGUCGACGUGGAGGCGCACGAUCUGCGCACGCCGAGCCUGAAGAGCGAGAAGCCGGCCCGCGUGCUGGUCGAGUUUGUGGCGCCCGAUCCGCUGCCGGUGAUACUGCAGCAUUCGGGGCACGAGUAUCAGCACUCGCACCGGCGGGACAAGCGGCGCGUUACGCGUGCCGUGCGGCCUACCAAGCGCAUCGAGUUCACCGAAGCGGACGGCGACACCGAGGGGCGCAACGUGUUCCAGCUGGAGAAGGAAACGGACCGCGAGACGUUUAAGAUACGCGACGAAAACCCUUGGGUGACGGUCGAAACGAAUGGUGCGGUGCGCGUGAAGAAGAAGUGGGACUACGAGGAGCUCGGGCCGGAGAAAACGAUCGAUUUCUGGGUGAUCAUCACCAAUCAGGGUCACAACGCUGGCCUAAAAUAUACCGACAAUCAGCGCGUAAUAAUUCACGUGAAGGAUGUGAACGAUGAGCCGCCAUACUUUAUCAACCGUCCGCUGCCGAUGCAGGCGGUAGUACAGCUGAAUGCUCCACCCAACACGCCCGUGUUCACGCUGCAGGCACGCGAUCCCGAUACCGAUCACAACAUACAUUACUUCAUCGUACGUGACCGUACCGGCGGUCGGUUCGAGGUGGACGAGCGUUCCGGUGUCGUGCGGACGCGCGGUACCGACCUGUUCCAGCUGGACAUGGAGUACGUGCUGUACGUGAAGGCGGAGGACCAGAACGGCAAGGUGGACGACCGGCGGUUCCAGAGUACGCCCGAGGAGCGGCUAUCGAUUGUCGGUGGCAAGCGGGCGCCCCAAUUCUACAUGCCAAGCUACGAGGCGGAAAUUCCGGAAAACCAGAAAAAGGACUCAGACAUCAUUUCCGUGAAGGCAAAAUCGUUCGCCGAUCGGGAGAUUCGUUACACGCUGAAAGCUCAAGGCCAGGGCGCUGGAACCUUCAAUAUUGGACCUACGUCGGGCAUUGUGAAGCUGGCGAAGGAGCUUGAUUUUGAGGAUCUACGUCAACCGCACGUUUACUCGUUGGUCGUUACCGCAACGGAAGAUUCGGGUGGUUUUUCCACCUCGGUAGAGCUAACGAUUCGCGUUACGGACGUAAACGACAAUGCGCCCAAGUUCGAGCUGCCCGACUACCAGGCACACAACGUCGAUGAAGACAUUCCGCUCGGAACGAGCAUCUUGAAGGUGAAAGCCAUGGAUUCGGACUCGGGCGCAAAUGCUGAGAUCGAGUAUCUCGUGUCCGAUGACCACUUUGCCGUCGAUUCGAACGGCAUCAUCGUGAACAACAAGCAGCUGGACGCGGAUAACAACAAUGCGUACUACGAGUUUGUCGUGACCGCGAAGGAUAAGGGCGAACCGGCCAAGACUGGCACGGCUACCGUGCGUGUGUAUACCAAGAACAAGAACGACGAGGAGCCAAAGUUCAGCCAGCAGGUGUACACACCGAACGUGGACGAAAACGCGGGCCCGAACACGCUCGUGACGACGGUGGUCGCGUCGGACAAGGAUGGUGACAAUGUGCGGUUUGGGUUUGUCGGGGGCGGCACGAGCAGCGGCCAGUUCGUGAUCGAGGAAAUCACGGGGGUCAUUCGGCUGCACAGCAAGGCGAUCUCGCUCGAUCGGGACAAGUAUGAAUUGAAUGUGACAGCUAUGGAUGAUGGGUCGUGCUGCGUCAACGGUGACGCGACGAUUCAUACAUCUACAGCUGUUGUCGUUGUGUUCAUCACCGAUGUGAACGACAACAAGCCGGUGUUUAAGGAUUGCGGCACGUACUACCCGAAGGUGGAGGAAGGUGCGCCGAACGGGAGCCCCGUCAUAAAGGUGCAGGCCACCGACGAGGAUAAGGGUGUGAACGGACAGGUGAAAUACUCGAUAGUGCAGCAGCCAAAUCAGAAGGGUACCAAGUUUACCGUGGACGAAGAAACGGGCGAGGUGUCCACGAACAAGGUGUUUGAUCGUGAAGGUGACGAUGGCAAGUUUGUUUCCGUCACGGUGAAAGCCACCGAUCAGGGUGAACCCAGCCUGGAAGGUGUCUGCUCCUUUACGGUCGAAAUUACGGACGUCAACGACAAUCCACCACUGUUCGAUCGACAGAAAUACGUUGAAAACGUAAAGCAAGAUGCAAGCAUCGGUACAAACAUUCUACGCGUGUCCGCAUCCGAUGAAGAUGCAGAUAACAACGGUGCCAUCGUGUACACUUUAAGCGCACCCCACAGCCCCAACGAUUUGGAGUAUUUCGAAAUUCAGCCGGAAUCCGGUUGGAUUGUGUUGAAGAAGCCGCUGGAUCGCGAAACGUACAAACUCGAAGCGAUGGCACAAGACAAAGGAUAUCCCCCACUGUCGCGUACGGUCGAGGUGCAGAUCGAUGUCGUCGAUCGGGCCAAUAAUCCGCCGGUGUGGGACAAUACGGUUUACGGGCCGAUUUACGUCAAAGAAAAUAUGCCUGUCGGUGGAAAGGUUGUCUCGAUAAAAGCCAGCUCGGGCAUUGAGGGUAAUCCGACGGUAUUCUAUCGGCUUAUGCCCGGCUCGACCGCACAGACGAACAAGCUGCACACGUUCUAUCUGCAGCAAAGACCGGACAACGGCGAUACGUGGGCCGACAUCAAGGUGAACCAUCCGCUGGACUUUGAAACGAUCAAGGAGUACAAUUUGACCGUCCGUGUUGAGAACAACGGCGCCCAGCAACUUGCAUCGGAAGCGACUGUUUACAUACAAUUAGAGGAUGUAAACGACGAAAUACCGCUGUUUACCGAACGUGAACAGGAAACCGUCCUCGAGGGCGAACCGAUCGGUACGAAGGUGACACAGGUGAAUGCAAUCGAUAAGGACGGUACCUUCCCGAACAAUCAGGUAUACUACUACAUCGUCGAUUCGCCUCGAAACGAGGGCAAGGAUUUCUUCGAAAUCAACCUGCAGAGCGGCGAAAUAUUCACCAAAGUUGUGUUCGAUCGUGAGAAGCAGGGUGCCUACGCUCUGGAAGUCGAAGCACGUGACGGAGCACCAUCCGCCCGGCCUAAUAGCAAUCAGCAGCCCAAUUCAGUCACCAAGUUCAUCCGUAUCGGCAUUGCUGACAAGAAUGACAACCCACCGUACUUUGACAAAGCGCUUUACGAGGCGGAGGUUGAUGAAAACGAAGAUAUACAGCAUACUGUGCUCACCGUCACCGCCAAGGAUCACGAUGAGUCGUCGCGUAUUCGAUACGAGAUCACGAGCGGUAACAUAGGCGGUGCCUUCGCCGUCAAGAACAUGACGGGCGCUAUCUACGUCGCCGGCGCCCUGGACUACGAGACGAGGAAACGAUACGAACUUCGUCUCGCAGCAUCGGAUAACCUGAAGGAGAACUACACCACCGUCGUGAUUCACGUGAAGGACGUCAACGAUAAUCCGCCCGUUUUCGAGCGGCCAACGUACCGGACGCAGAUUACCGAGGAGGACGAUCGGAACCUUCCGAAGCGUGUGCUGCAGGUCACCGCCACCGAUGGCGACAAGGAUCGGCCACAGAACAUCGUCUACUUCCUCACCGGUCAGGGUAUCGAUCCGGACAAUCCCGCCAACAGCAAGUUCGACAUUAAUCGAACUACCGGAGAAAUCUUUGUGCUCAAGCCACUGGAUCGAGAUCAACCGAACGGUCGACCGCAGUGGCGUUUUACCGUGUUCGCGCAGGACGAAGGUGGCGAAGGGCUGGUCGGCUACGCGGACGUACAGGUGAACCUGAAGGACAUCAACGACAAUGCGCCCAUCUUCCCGCAGGGUGUCUAUUUCGGCAAUGUGACCGAGAACGGUACCGCCGGCAUGGUUGUAAUGACCAUGACGGCCGUCGACUACGAUGACCCGAAUGAAGGUACGAACGCAAAGUUGAUAUAUUCCAUCGAAAAGAACGUGAUAGAGGAGGAAACGGGCUCACCGAUAUUCGAGAUUGAGGCGGACACGGGCGUGAUUAAGACGGCUGUCUGCUGUCUCGAUCGGGAGCGCACGCCGGACUACUCGAUACAGGUCGUGGCAAUGGAUGGCGGGGGGUUGAAAGGGACUGGGACGGCCUCUAUACGCGUCAAGGAUAUAAACGACAUGCCGCCCCAGUUCACCAAGGACGAGUGGUUCACGGAGGUGGACGAAACGGACGGUACCAAUCUGCCGGAAAUGCCCAUCCUCACCGUGACGGUGCACGACGAGGACGAAACGAACAAGUUCCAGUACAAGGUGAUCGACAACAGUGGGUACGGGGCGGACAAGUUCACGAUGGUGCGCAACAACGACGGUACGGGCAGCUUGAAGAUCGUGCAGCCGCUCGACUACGAGGAUCCGCUGCAGAGCAACGGGUUCCGGUUCCGCAUCCAGGUGAACGACAAGGGCGAGGACAACGACAACGACAAGUACCACGUGGCGUACUCGUGGGUGGUGGUGAAGCUGCGCGACAUCAACGACAACAAGCCGCAGUUCGAGCGGCCGAACAUCGAGGUUUCGGUGUACGAGAAUGCGGACGUGGGCAAAACGCUGGAAACGUUCAAGGCGACCGAUCCGGACCAGGGCGGCAAGAGCAAGGUGUCGUACGCGAUCGAUCGCUCGUCCGACCGGCAGCGCCAGUUCUCGAUCAACCAGGAAGGCACGGUGACGAUUCAGCGCAACCUCGACCGGGAAGUGACGCCCCGGCAUCAGGUGAAGAUACUGGCAAUCGAUGAUGGUAUACCGCCGAAAACGGCCACCGCCACGCUGACCGUGAUCGUGCAGGACAUCAACGACAAUCCGCCCAAGUUCCUGAAGGACUACCGGCCUGUGCUGCCCGAGCAUGUUCCGCCGCGCAAGGUUGUGGAAAUUUUGGCCACCGACGACGAUGACCGCUCGAAGAGCAAUGGGCCACCGUUCCAGUUCCGGCUCGAUCCGGGCGCGGACGACAUCAUCCGGGCGUCGUUCAAGGUGGAGCAGGACCAGAAAGGUGCCAACGGGGACGGUAUGGCGAUCGUGUCCUCGCUCCGCUCGUUCGAUCGCGAGCAGCAGAAAGAGUAUCUGAUCCCGAUCGUGAUCAAGGAUCACGGCAACCCGGCAAUGACCGGCACCAGCACGCUAACCGUCGUGAUAGGUGACGUCAACGACAAUAAGAUGCAGCCCGGCUCGAAGGACAUAUUCGUGUACAACUAUCUGGGGCAAGCGCCGGACACGCAGAUCGGGCGGGUGUACGUGUACGAUCUGGACGAUUGGGAUCUGCCGGACAAGAAGUUCCACUGGGAGUCGCAGGAGCAUCCGCGCUUCAAGCUGGACGAGGACACGGGCAUGAUAACGAUGCGGCAGGGCACACGGGACGGCCGGUACCAUCUGCGGUUUAAGGUGUACGAUCGAAAGCACACGCAGGCGGACGUGCCGGCCAAUGUGACAGUGACGGUGCGCGAGAUACCGCACGAUGCCGUCAUCAACAGUGGCUCGAUCCGGAUAGCGGGCAUUACGGAUGAGGAUUUCAUACGCGUGUGGAACUACCGGACGCAGAGCUUGUCGCGCAGCAAAGCCGACCGGUUCAAGGACAAGCUGGCCGACCUGCUCAACAUCGAUCGGGAGAACGUGGACGUGUUCAGUGUGCAGCUGCGCCGCAAGCACCCGCCUCUAACGGAUGUACGCUUUUCGGCGCACGGUUCCCCCUACUACAAACCGGUCAGGCUGAACGGCAUCGUGCUGAUGCACCGGGAGGAGAUCGAAAAAGACGUCGGCGUGAACAUAACGAUGGUGGGCAUCGACGAGUGUCUGUACGAGAACCAGAUGUGCGAAGGCUCGUGCACCAACACGCUCGACAUCAGCUCGCUGCCGUACAUGGUGAACGCGAACAAAACGUCACUGGUCGGGGUGCGCGUGGACGUGCUGGCGGAGUGUACCUGCGGCGCUAGAAACUUCAGCAAGGCCGAAUCGUGCCGCUCGUCCCCGUGCCACAACGGGGGCCGCUGUAUGGAGACGCGGUACGGGCUGAGCUGCUCGUGCCCGACGGGCUACACCGGACCGCGCUGCCAGCAGACGACGCGCAGCUUCCGCGGCAACGGGUGGGCCUGGUAUCCGCCGCUCGCGAUGUGCGACGAUUCCCAUCUGAGCUUCGAGUUUAUCACGCGCAAGUCCGACGGGCUGCUGCUGUACAACGGACCGAUCGUGCCGCCGGAGCGCGACGAGCUGCUGGUGUCGGACUUCAUUUCCGUCGAGCUGGAGAGAGGCUUCCCAAGACUGCUGAUUGACUUCGGCUCCGGCACGCUGGAGCUGCGGGUAAAGACGAAGAAAAGCUUGGACGAUGGCGAAUGGCACCGGCUGGACAUCUUCUGGGACACGGAGAACGUGCGCAUGGUGGUGGACUACUGCAAGUCGGCCGAGGUUUCGGAGAUGGAGGACGGUUCGCCGCCCGAGUUCGACGAUUCGUCGUGCCAGGCCCGCGGUACCAUCCCCCCGUUCAACGAGUACUUGAACGUGAACGCGCCGCUCCAGAUCGGUGGCUUCUAUCGCGAGCAGUUCGAUCCGACGCACUACCGCUGGAACUACAUGCCGAUGGGCAAGGGCUUCGACGGGUGCAUCAAGAACCUGGUGCACAACAGCAAGCUGUACGAUCUGGCCCAUCCUGGGCUGUCGCGCAACAGCGUCGCCGGCUGCCCGCAGACCGAGGAGGUGUGCAGCCAGAGCGAGCAGACGUCGCGCUGCUGGGAGCAUGGCAACUGCGUCGGCAGCUUUACCGAGGCGCGCUGCCAGUGCCGCCCGGGGUGGACCGGACCGGCGUGCAACAUUCCCACCAUACCGACGACGUUCAAGCAGCAGAGCUACGUGAAGUACGCGCUGUCGUUCGAGCCGGACCGCUUCAGCACGCAGAUACAGCUGCGCUUCCGGACGCGCGAGCAGCACGGCGAGCUGUUCCGGGUGAGCGAUCAGCACAACCGGGAGUACGGCAUACUGGAGAUUAAGGACGCGCGGCUACGCUUCCGGUACAAUCUGAACUCGCUGCGCACGGAGGAGCGGGACAUCUGGCUGAACGCGAUCGCGGUCGACGAUGGCCAGUGGCACGUGGUGCGGGUAAACCGGCACGGUUCGGCCGCCACGCUCGAGCUGGACGGUGGCGAGGGCCGCCGGUACAACGAAACGUUCACGUUCGACGGGCACCAGUGGCUGCUGGUGGACAAGCAGGAGGGCGUGUAUGCCGGUGGCAAGGCGGAGUAUACGGGCGUGCGCACGUUCGAGGUGUACGCCGACUACCAGAAGAGCUGCCUGGAUGAUAUCAGACUCGAGGGCAAACAUCUGCCACUGCCGCCGGCGAUGAAUGGUACGCAAUGGGGCCAGGCAACGAUGGCUCGCAACCUCGAGCGGAACUGCCCGUCGAACAAACCGUGCGCCAACGUGAUCUGUCCGGAUCCGUUCGAGUGUGUCGAUUUGUGGAACGAGUACGAGUGCACAUGCGGCGAGGGGCGCGUCAUGUCGCCGGACGGUAAGGGUUGCAUGGAUCGGAACGAGUGUCUCGAUCUGCCGUGCCUGAACGGGGGCAUCUGCGUGAAUCAGGAGCCCCGGUUGCGCUACCGGUGCGACUGUCCGGACGGAUUCUGGGGCGAAAACUGUGAGCUCAUCCAGGAGGGCCAAACGCUCAAGCUGAGCAUGGGCGCACUGGCCGCCAUUCUUGUCUGUCUGCUAAUCAUAUUGAUACUGGUGCUGGUGUUUGUGGUGUACAACCGAAGGCGAGAGUCGCACAUCAAAUAUCCGGGCCCGGAUGAUGACGUCCGGGAGAACAUCAUCAACUACGACGAUGAAGGGGGCGGCGAGGACGAUAUGACCGCGUACGACAUUACGCCGCUGCAGAUCCCGAUCGGACCGAUGCCGGAGCUGACGCAAUGCAAGAUGCCACCGCUGAUGUAUCCGGUCAUGACGAUGGGACCGGGACACGAGCCCAACGUGGGCAUGUUCAUCGAGGAGCACAAGAAGCGGGCCGACAGUGACCCGAAUGCGCCACCGUUCGACGAUUUGCGCAACUACGCGUACGAAGGAGGCGGCAGCACGGCCGGUUCGCUCAGUUCGCUACAGUCAGGCACGGAUGACGAGGUGCAGGAGUUCGACUACUUGGACGCCUGGGGCCCCCGGUUCGACAAGCUGGCCAACAUGUACGGCGAUCAUCAUCCGACCGAGCUUGAUGAUUUAAAUUAAAUCCUAGCUCGCUCGAUCGAUAGCACCACCAACACCACCAUGGCGUAUGGCUCUCCCUUCGCUCGCGCCGGUCGGUUUUGGGAAGCAACAAAAAAGAAGUACGAGCCCAGAAGGACGAAGCAAGAAGGAAACCAAAGGCAAACUGGAGAAAAAAACCGAUGCACACAGCACAAGCAAGAGCUGAAUGAAGGGAAAGAUAAGCGAAAAGCGACGACAGGAAAACCGAAUCACAGGUUCGAAGAUAAGACACAACAACAACGCCGCGCAACAGGCUGGCAUGUUGACCGAAAUGCAGAUUCAGUCCGUCAGUCCCCAACAUCUUUUCCAAGGCACAAAGCAAGAUAAACAUUGGGACAGAGUUAAAGAAACCCCAAACAGACGACUGAAAGGAAUCAGCCCCUCGGAGAUUCGUUGCCAACAAGCAACCGACUUGGUGGUGCACGGAGUUGUGCGUUUUUAGUAUAAUUUACUUAUAAAAACAACCCCAUUGCGAAGUAGUCGGCGGGUCAGAAGACAGCGCAGUCACACAGUCCUCAGUCAUUCAGUCAUCAUCACCAGCUCAUCUUCGUCGUCAACAACAGCAGCUCCCCAUACAAAAAAAAAACAUACACACACACCGUUUUCAUUUUCCAAACGUCCAGUUCAUCUUGCGCAGGAAGGGAAGAAAACCGUAGAACUGCCAUUAUACUACCCAGCUCGGAUACCCGUCGGAUAGUGUAGCCGGACCGGGGUUGGGAACUUAAUUUUCUAAGUCACUCAAACACACACACAGAAGCCACAAAACAAUCGGUUUGGCCUAAGCGGAGACGACUACUACUGGAGCAGCAGCAGCGGGACGGGACAGUGCGAGGUGAGUGGGCUGUAUGGUUAGCAGAGCCGGGCGAACCGCGGGUCAUAUACAGGUUUUACAGUAACUAUAUGAAGUGCUUUGGAAACAAAUCGAGCGGAGAGUUAUCAAGUUCCAUUUUCGGUUCUUUUUGUUCUGACCCAUGCCGCAAGAGAAGAGAAAAAGACAACUACAAUCUCUAAUCUCGAUGAGGAGUAACCGUUUGUGUGUUUUUUAAACCCCAUUUGUUUCUUUCUCGAUUGAUACCGACACAGGCUUGGUAGGGUUUUAAUUGUUCCGAAUGAAAACGAGUGGAAAAAGGUUUCCUGUCAUGGUGGCAUAGAUGCCGGCUUUCCUUGGAAAAAGAAAGAAAUGCAAGGAUAGCAAAAUAGCGACUGAGAUGGGUGAAUGUUUAACACAGUAUAUAAGAGAGAGAGCGAGAGAGAGAGAGAGAGAGAGAGAGAGAGAGAGAGAGAGAGAGAGAGAGAAAAUGCGAAACAGUAAUAAUAAUGGAGUAUUAAAGAAGCAAGCAUAAGAGACAGAGAAAGGAAAAGCAUACUUUAAACCAAAGUUUAAUUAUAAUCAUUGUUGAGAUUACGGUUAAGGUUACGGUUAAGCGCGCACGUCUGUGCGUUUUGAAGGUUUGCAGGCUUCCUCCCCAUCGGUGGGAAGAGAAGUGUGUUUGUGUGUGCGUGUGUUUAAUACUGUUCAGGGAAAUCGCCAUAGCAAGCGAGACGUGUCGAUUGACGUUCAGGGACGAUUGGAAAAAAGCGGCAGCGAAAAGCCCAGUGAGAGCGAAAUGAUCCGUGGGGAGAGUUGGGAAAACUUGGGAAGCAAAAAUGGUAUGAAUUAUCGCUAAAGAAGAUCAACGAAAAGAUGAAAAAAGCAUAACAUGGCCCCCCCAGAAAGGCCGAUACACCAUUUCGACAGAGUGGCCAAAUUUCGACUCAAGAAAUGAUAGGGGAGGAUGCGUGUUAGGGCACCCACACCCUCCGCAAGCGAAGUGAACACUUCCAAACGAGCGAGCGAGCAAGUUUCUUCACAUUUUCUUGUCAUUUUCCCUCUUUUGUGGGGGUCUCUGUUGUCGCCCACAAUUUUUGAACAAAACGGCCAUGAAAAUGAUGAUGAUGAUGGUGGUACAGUAAUAGCUCCGGUCCUUCGGGUUCCGUUCGGGCGUUUGGUGAUGGUUUUGUGAUGGUGGCAGACAAUAUUUCUUUCCACCCGCCACGCAGCAGCGUGUGUCGCCCCAACAGACGAAUGAGAAAGUGCUGAAGCGUGAAAAAUUGAAAUGAUCACACCCUCUGGGGGGGAGGGCUCUCCCCAACUUCACUUUCUUCAGUGAGAAUUGGGAACCUACGAUCUGCGGAUGUAUCAACAAAAGCGCUGACAUUCCUCGCACGCUGGACGAUGUAAAACUUGGAUUGGAUUGGAGAGACGUGGAGGGAUUUUUGUUUUUUUUUUUGUAAGAUUGUUCACUGUAUUUGUGACUCAAGCCAUAUCGGACAAAUUGUUGAACUUGCUGGGCACCCUCCCAGUCUCGCCUAUCACCAAGGGGACAAUGUUUUGGAAGGCAAACUUCCAGCGCGCACCGUACCGUGGAGCAAUAUUAUCAUCCCCACGUAAAUGACUUUCUUGUCCGUGUGGCGCACCAGUUCGCCUUUUUCUUCUAAAAGCUUACAUGCAGAAGAAUAGAUUUGCACCUCAUUUCUAACAUCACGUUUCACCCGGCGAGCCGGCGAGAGUGCAAUGAAAGCUAUGACAGAUUUGUGAGAAAUUGAAGAAUUUGGAAAGGAAAGUAUUCAAUUUUUCCCCGUAGUGGAAUCUCGACUGCCAAAACCGGCAGUGUUCCUUUCGUAUUACGGAAAUGUGGAUUGUGUGGCUACACCCACACGCCAUUGAACGAUGGUUUGUUCCUUCCUCCCCUCACCAAGGCAAGCCGGAUCGGUUUCAACGAGAGACAAACUAAGAUACAAUUUAAUUUUCGUUUCUUCCAUACUCUCGUAUUGAGUUGUCAGUUACGGUCAACUGUUACGAGUGAGUGUGUGUUUAUUGGUGCCACAUUAUUUGUGUUGUUUUGUGGUUUUGUUAUUCGCAUUGUUCGCAACCGCCUAUUCGCUUUCUUUAAGGAGAAUGACUGACUUUCGUGUCUAUUACGUUGCCUUGUAUGUUGUACCUCUCUACGUAGCGUUUACCUUAUCUUCUCUUUAUCAGCAAUAGACUGUUUUUUUCUUAUUGAACUUGUUUUUUUUUACAAAAUAUACAAUAUUAAUACAUACAAAUACAACCACAUACACACAUACAGCAGCAGGGACAGAGUAUCAGGGGAGGGCAAGAUAAAGGGCAGGAAAACUCGCCCGAAAAGUACACUUUAAACAUAAUUUUUACUCUUUGUACAUAAACAUACAGGCAAUAAAGGGGGUCGUGCGGUACGGUAGAAAUGAUUUUUACAAACGCCAUUACAAUACUUUUACACAUCUAUUACAUUACCCAUACGGAGUGACUAAUAUAAUAGACGAACUCGACUCGAACUCGAAUGGUGUACUACAUUAAAUACAUCGGCAACUAAAUAUUAAACUUUUAGUACGUUAACUUUACGUUAAGCGCUGGAAAACACACGUGCUGGUUUUUUUUUUUUACGUGAAUGUCCAAAAAUACGCCUCCAAACUGCUGUAUCGAGCGAAUAACAGCAUUACAGCCACUAAUUGCAUUACACGAUCCGCUCUCACUCCGCGGCAGAGCUAAAAAAGCGACCUUCCGAAAACGAACGCCGUCGCUUUUUAUGUUUUUGAUUGAAAAAUCAAUACCACCACAAACACGAGAUUUUUGAAGGUUGUUUGGUGUUUUCUUUAACGGCCGUUUGUGGCAUCACUCAAAUGUAUUUGGCAUUUUUUUAUUAUUAUUGAAAACGAGUAAACUCGUGUUCGAUUCACCGGAAGAGUGACCUCUUGGAGUGUGUGUUUUUAGCUCGUCUCUUUCGAAUGUUUACUUUCACGCUUAAGCGGUUCCGGGAACGAGCGUGGACUGCUAGUCUACUCUAUCUAUUUUCCACUAAACGGGACAGCAAACAUAUGCGACCAGCUUUGACUGCGAACGAGCAUCGAUGUGGUCAUACAAGCACACACAUACGGCCAUUGAGUUUUGUUUUUUUGUUUUUGCUCUUAUUGUGCUGUCAAUUUCUAUUUCAAACCACAAUAAAAAAACGUUCCUACUACUUGUUGUGGUCCGAUGGGGGAAGCAUGGAACGGAUGACCGCGCCGGAACCAGGAACAUUCGAUCCACACACACACACACUUCCUCUGCCUCCUGCGCUGUUGUGUGUUGGGUGGUUCCUUCCUUCGCUCUUUCGCGAACUCACAUCGACUUGUGCAAAACCCAGCACUCACCCAGUCAGUCAGAAAAAAAGCUUCAUCAAAACGAACGCGCGGAAGAAAGGGAACCAAACGCCCCGGAGCGGAGUUGUAAAGUUUCCCACUUUUUGUUGUACAGUACACACAGUUGAUGGUGUGUGCGUGUGUGUGUGUUUUGGUUUUAGUUUUUAGUUUGUUUUCCUUUUUUUAAAAUAAGAUAAACAACAACAACAACAGCAACAGUAGCUAAUAAGGCGAGAACCCGGCUAAGUAGAGUGAAGAAGUGGGAAAGUUUUGUAAAGAGUUUUGUUUUGUUUUGCGCUUGUUUUUGUUUUCCAUUUUUAUGUGUUGUUUUCACAAUCUUUGUAUUGUUGUUUUUUUUUUUGCUACAAACAAUACAAAGACACACAACUAUGCACCCAUACACACAACGAAACCUAGGGGAGGCAAAUGUACGAGGAACCAUGUGUUAGAAUGAUUGUUUUUAUAAAACAUUGAAAUAGGAGCGCAAGAACGGGCUGGCGGGAACAUUUGGCUCGAGCUGACCUCCAUUAUUUGUGGGACAUUAUUUGUGCGAUCUCCUCAAUAGGUUCUGUGUGUUGAUUGAGGUUUGAGCGUUUGCUCUUCAUGAAAUGAAAGAUUUCGGUGUGGACUAUUUUUUUGUCGCUCUGAAUGCCUCUGAAUGAUAGUGAAGCUGGCCAUGCCAGUACAGCUUGGAAACGUACACGAUUUUAAUAGAAUAUCACACUCAAAACAUGCAAACAUCAACCUUUUUAGACGUAAGGAGCCGUUUGUAGUGUGGCCAGUAUGGUGUGUGCGGCAGUGUAUUAGUACAUCUCACCAUUCCCCCGUCGGUCUUGAAUGUUUUGAGAAAGCUCUUUAGCGUAAGUAAAUCAAAUAUACAACAAACACACAUACACACACACACACACACCUAAAAGAUGAUGAUGAGGCCGUUGCAUCGAUUGUAACGUUGCACCGAAAUUGUAGUGUUGCAGCUUUCCCAUCGCUAACAUUCUACAUUCCGACGUAAACUCAUACACAUCGUCAUAAGCGCAAACGAGCAGCACCUAACUCUACUAGUGGUGUAGGUUGCUGUAUUUUACAGUGCUACAAAUGCAAAUGACUUUGUAAAGUCUUUUUCUAUUAAAAAAAAAUGCAGGAAAAUCCCACUCAUUAGGAACACGGGAACAUUGGCAGAGAGUAGCGACAAGGAGCUAAACUCACUCUCACCUAUACUACGAGUAUUCAAAACAUUAACACACAAACCCGUAUUAUAAACACUGCUCUAGUUUUUUUUAAGUGACGGAUCGUAAAAAAGCAUAUGUGUGCGGGCGUGCAAAACCGUAACAUAACUAUGUCAUAAGUAACAAUUUAUUUAACGAAUAAGAUAAUGUAUUAACUUGUAACAGGUAAAAAAGGGGGGAAGAACAAAAACGAGCGCAAAACGAAACAAAACUGAUAUUUUACACACAAACACACAGACACAUAAACACGUAUCCAAAGACUGUAUAAAAAAAAACGUAUUAGUUAAGUAAGUAAUUAUUUUAAGUUUCGUUUUACCACUGCUCGUGCUGCUCCGUUGUUGAGUAAGGAAUUAUUUAAUAGGAUUUUAAUUUAACGAUAAUUUAGCGACCCGUCAAGUUUCCAAUAGGAAAAAAAGGAAACUGGUUUUUAAUAAGAUAUUCAUAGUGGUGUACAGUGCGGUGUAUAAAAACGCACGCGAAGAGAAAAGAUCAACCUUUUCUUCUUUAAAUUGCCAUAUUUUUAUUUUUGCUCCUGCUUUCAACAAGUGAGUUGUUUUUUUUUUUUUUGUUGUAAAAUCGAUUAGUUUGGCAUUUAUAUUCACAGAAAGUGUGUUACCCUUUUCGAGCAGCCUGAAAAAGGGAGAAAAAAUAGGGAACCGUCUCUGCUGGGGAGUAGUAUCAAGUGGGGUCAACGCAGUAAAGCGGUCAGUGAACAGUCUGGGCGUUUAAUUAUGCGACAAGUAAUGGAAUGAAAGUUUAAGCAAACUUUCCAUAAUGGCGAUAAUAGCUGUAUUAUGUUGAUUCUCGGGGAAGAUUGUCCCAGAUUGUCCGUUUCGCUAUGAAUGUGCAAUGCAUUCGAUUCCCAACGCUUUUGUAUAUUCCCUCGACACUCUCUCUCCUAGCACUUCGGAAUGUUUUUUUUUUUGUGUAUUUUUCAAAACCCUCCUUUAAAGCAUUAACCAACCUCUCCACGCUCACACACAUACACAAGGCGGUAGAAUUAAUUUUAAAUUAAACGUAACUGUAUGAUACUGUCUUGCGCUUUAGGUGGUGGCGCCAGCUAAGGGGAGAAACGCUCAAACCGAACAUUGAAGAAACGAACUUCAAUGCGUUGGCGAGUGUGUGGGAUUUUGUUCUUUUUUUGUGUGGAGAGAAUUUUUAAACCAAUGCAAGUAACAACAAAAAAGUAUUCAUUAAAAACACACACACACACACAUAUUAAACACAUCGGGUAGGAUAUUUAGUAGAAAAAGCAAACACGAACAAAAAAAGGGAAAUUCAUUGCGGGAAGAACAUCCCUCUCCUUUCCAUCACACCGAGCAGCAAAACACUAGACUAAAUCGGCAUACUCAUUAGCUAAAUCGAACCGCGGAGACAUAAUUAGCAAAAUUCGUAGUAUUUGCAAAACGGAAGGCAAACAAACUCAACAACAAACUCCGAUUAAAAGACACGAACCCUAAUCACCCUUUCGAUUACAAUUUCUUCAUUUAGUUAUGUGUGCGUGUGUGUGUUGUACCUUUAAUACCAUCGCGACAUAUAACCAUUUGCACAUUCCUUUUCUUCUUCCCACAUGGGCUGGGAUGCAGAGUUUUGUGUUUACUCUAUUGUUCACUAAACUACGGCACGAAAUAACACAUAACAUAAUGAAAAAAAAACGAAAAACAUAUGCUCAGCCAUUUCAUAUGGUAGUAAUUUAUACACAACACACACACAUACGCGAUGAUGUAAAUUAAAAAUAAAAUUAUUAAACUGAGAGAAUGGGUUGGUCGAGGAAAGAAGGUAACAAACACUUAAACAACAUGACUGUACUUUGGGUGGAAAAAGUGAACAAGAAAAUGAAAGCAGAAAACGAAACAGACACAGCAAAACGCACAUGAAAAAAAGAUAACAAAGCAAACGUUUCUGUAUCCUAAAACAAAAAUGAUAAACACUAAGAAGAAAACCAUGUUAGAUUUAUAGAGUAACGAAAAACUACACACACACACACCUUCAUAGAAAUAAAAAAAAGAACAACCCCAAAACAACAGAAAGAGACUAAAAGCGAGCCGAAUGAAGAUAUCCUAAGCACAAUACAAAAAAAAAACACAAUAGGUUUGGGGAGAACGCAGUAAGAGUCAACUCCUGUCAGACAAACAAUUCCCAUCCUUUCUUCAUAAUAACACUCACUCACACUCACCCACAUACACAUACUCCUUUUUGCGAGAUCGUUAGUUAAUUGAGUGAAAAACGAUAUAUACACUAUUAUAUAUAUAAAUAUUAGUGACUUUUUAAAAGAAGAAAGAAGGAAAAAAACAAUACAUGAAGAAGAAACCCGCAAAACGAAAAUAGACUAAAAACUACACUGAAUAGAGAAUAGAGACAGCGAGAUAGCUACAGAGGGGUAAAACACAUACACACACACAAACUAAACAAGUCACGUUUAUAGUAAAUGAAACGCGCGAAAACGAAGAAAAAGCACCCAAGGCAAGGAGAGGGAGAACCGCGGGCAGCUAAGUACUUAGGUGCAUUGCAACUGUGUAUGUUGAAAAGGCGCCACAGUUGGACGAAGUUUUCCUCUUGUUUUUUGUACUUGUUUAUCCACUGGAAGAGGAAGUACAUUGAAGAGUUCAUCAGGCGACUCUCCACUAAACCCCUUCCGCAUCAGAAAGUGAAGUGAAAAGAAAACAUUUAAAACAAUAAAAACAAAGGCUAUCAUACACUGAACAGAAAGAAAAAAGUUCGAGAACGGAAAUGAAACAGAACGAACGAAGAUGAAGAGAAAUUAACAACAACAAAAAAUACUGUAAACAUGGCGAACGAAAGUGGUGUGGUGUUCGUUCCUUUGGAAAAAGGACUCCAACUUCUAGCCAAGUGCUAAACGUGGAGGAGGAGAAGCAACGCAGCAACGGAGCAGUAAAUAUUAUUAAUAUAGCGAUACCAAAAGUCCUAGUUGUAAAUAUAGUGAAAUGAUAUUAACAAAAAAAAAACAAUGAAAACAAACAAAAACUACUCACAGCUCCUACUACAGCCACGCUCCUGCUCAUGGGCUCAAGUCAUCGAGGCCAUGUGGCGAACGUAUGCCGUCUUGGGGGCGAAUGUGGUGAAUGUGAAACAUUAUUUUUUCCCAUUGCAAGUAAUAUCUUCAACACAUACCACGAACGGGAAAACUCCAGCAAACACACAACCACUUACAGACACACAUACAUACACUAAAUAUAAACAUCAUUCCCGGAAUUACAAAAAAAUACUCACAGUUGUUCGACGGACAGUUCGAGGACAACAUGAAUCAAUCCUCCCGUUCGAAAUUCUCGUGCGCGAGAAGAAAUCCGUUAAAUUUGCCGAUAUUUAUAUAUGGAAACACUCCUCCCCAUUAUCAGCGUGAAAUAGAAAAGUCUUUCCUUGGGUAACAUUUUUGUAAAAGGAUGAACCAGAACGUAUUAAGUCCAGUUUCUAUCGAUCCUCAUCAAAUACAUCAUCCCUCUUUCUCUCCAUCUCUCUCCUUUGCUCGUUCGUACAUCUGCGCGACCAGUUUGAGAGUGGAAAGUAGGGAAGAACAAUAUUCUAACCAUACGUAGCGAGAAGAUGCGAGAGAUGUAAACAACUCAAAACGAACACUAGAACACCGAAAAAAGCAGCGUAAAAUAGAUAAGUGUAACAGAAGUACUAUUAAAAGGAAGUGAAACAACAUCUUAAUGUUUAACAUCCAAACACACACACACGAACAUGAUCAUCAUCACUAACAUCAACCAAAUCAAUGACCGUGUUAUCGCAUUUUGUGAAAAUAUUACACACCUGCACGGGGAACCGAAACUAAACUACUGUCUCGAAAUAGAGAGAAGAAGAGAGACUUUACAGAAAUGAAAUUAAUGGUUGGACGCAUCAAAUAAAGUGCGAAAAGUGCAUUGAAGUAACAACAUGAAAGAAAGGAAGGAAAAAAUAGAAGAAAAAACACUCACAAAAAACAAAACCAUAAUACAUUCACAGACACUGAAACACAAAAACACGUAAGUGAAAAGUAAAAUCGAAAUCGUUCAAUUAUGGAAAAAAAAUUAUACAAGAAAACAUGGAAAGACAAACACACGAACAGAACAGGAAGGGAUUAAAAGAGAGAAGAGAAAGGAAAUGGUAGCGAGAGGCAGAGAAAAAAAAACAUAGUGGAGUAAGAAAAACUAAGCAAAAAAACUGAAAUAAAUUGCUACAAUGGGAAAGUAACUGUCAUAAACUGGAAAA